CGAGCUUCAAAGCAUGGUCAGGCUAGUGCAGUCACAGUCCAUGCGGGCCCGUGAACCCGGCCUUAGAAGUUAGUUUUACACGACGGGAAUGGAAGACGGUCCUCAUGGCCGGCCAAGACUACUGCGCCUGCGCAAUCUAGUUCUUGCGCGAAAUCGUCGCCGCCCAGAAAUUUGUCCCAAUGGUUUGCCAUCUGUUUCCAGGGCAACCUGGGAGCCUCCUGGCAACGGCGCGCGGCCUGCGCGGGUCUCCCGGUCCAGCCGUGCAAUGGCUGCUGCGAGUCCCAGCGUCUUCCUACUCAUGGUCAACGGGCAAGUGGAGAGCGCCCAGUUUCCAGAGUAUGACGACCUCUACUGCAAGUACUGCUUUGUAUAUGGCCAGGACUGGGCCCCCACAGCGGGUCUGGAGGAGGGGAUCUCACAGAUCGCAUCCAAGAGUCAAGAUGUACGGCAAGCACUGGUGUGGAACUUCCCCAUCGAUGUCACCUUUAAAAGUACCAACCCCUAUGGCUGCACAAGAGGACCAUCCCCAUGUUUGUGCCGGAGUCUACAUCUACACUGCAGAAGUUCACAAGCUGGUUCAUGGGACGGCGGCCUGAGUAUACAGACCCCAAGGUGGUGGCCCAGGGCGAAGGCCGGGAAGUGUGCUGCCAGGAGCCUGAGGACAGCGCAAGAAGCAUCCCGGCAGGAGACUGUGCCACUGGUGCCGUUUUCUGGCAAGCCCUACAGCCCAGCACCAGUAUCCAUGGGAGAGCAAUUGGGUCUCCAGUUUCCCCAUGAGUGCAUAUUGGUGGCACAUGACCUAGCAUGUACUGAGGCAGCUCCAUCUAACCUCUUCUGCCUAGCAGACAAGCUGACCAAGGCCUGCACCAUGUAUUCAAACCACCAGCCACAUUCCUGCACAUGUCUGAGUUACUGGGACACACUGAGUUAUCACUUGGGCCAAAUCACCUUUUACACCCCUGCCACACACACCCCCAGCUGGGUUUUUGGAACAUUUCAUCUGUCAGCAAAACUCCCUGAAUGGCAAACUCCUCUUGCCUUCUGAAGCUGGCCUGUCUCUUUGCAACUCCAUCCUUUCCUCCUACAGGGCCCACAUCAGCUUUCCAGAGACUUUCUUUGCCUCUCGACACUUCCAGACUGCUUCCCGAGGCUGGUGAUACUUAAGUCUUCACCAGCUGUUCUUGCGGAUAACCUCUUCCACAGCCUUCACUCUUGCAGUGAUGUUGACAUCUGCACUCCAGGCAUAGCUGCAGCAACUGCAUCACCCAAGCAUCCUCUCUCAGCAGCACCUUCCCUACAUGGUCUUCCUUUUGUCAUCCAAGACCUCCUGCAGUCACAGCAUCUUUCCUGCCCUAGCACUCAUAGAUGUCAUUUACAAACACUUCACCUUCUGUGUGUUCCUUUCUUCAAACUAGCUCAGCAGAAUCUCACAUGACAUAGUGAUCUUUUAAUUCAUCACCAAACCCCAGUGCCUCAACUCUUGCCUGGAGUUGCCAUGGAUUCCUCAGUACUCUUAUCUUUGACCAUUAGUACAUGUGCACCCCCCAUCUCAAGUGCUCCCUCUUAUCCCUGGGGAUGCCACCUUCCAGAGGCCAUAUCACAAAACCCUGCAUGGUCUUUUCCCUGGUGUCUCACUCACAAGAACAGUCCCUUCCUUCCUCAAGCUCACUGGUCUCAGCCUUCACUAAACUCUUGGUUCAGGAACCCUUCAUAUGUCCCUCUACACCUAACCCAUUUCAUUACAGGUCUCUUGUCCAACACCCAUGCCAGUGACAUUUUUCCACCUCAGUUCAUCUCUGGCCUCAAACACUAUGGGCUCCUCUGCCAAAAGCUUUGACACAGUGUACAAAUGCCCCUUUCUCCAACACUAUGAAGCUACUUAAACACAGAAAAGUUGAUGUGACUUACAAUGGACAGCAUACCCAUCAUCUAAAAAUUAUGGACAUUUUCCUGCAGUCAGGAUUCUGUGUCUGCAGGUUCUACAAACCAAACAUCUACAGAAAUGUGCAGACUCUUCUUGCCCCCAUCCCUUUAUCAUAACAAUCGUGUAUCAUUUUCA